CUCCAUCUCCCUUUUUCUCUCUCCCUUACACACUCCCUCUCUCUUUUUAGCAGCAACAUAUAAGCCGGCCAUAUUAGAGAGAUGGAAAUAAAGCUUCCUUACUGUUGUGUGUGUCUUUGACGUACAUCUGUGCAUUUUUUUUAGCAUCUAACCAUUGCUCCCCUGUAGCCCUCGGCCCUUCAGAUCACCCUCCCCCACAUCCCGCCCGACUGACAUCUCAGUCUCUGAAAAUGCACAGAGAUGCCUGGCCACCUCGCCCUGCCUUCAGUCUCACGGGGCUCAGUCUCUUUUUCUCUUUGGUGCCGCCGGGGCGAAGCAUGGAGAUCACGGUACCCACCACCCUCAACGUGCUCAACGGCUCGGACGCCCGCCUGCCCUGCACCUUCAGCUCCUGCUACACCGUGAACCACAAGCAGUUCUCCUUGAACUGGACGUACCAGGAGUGCAGUAACUGCUCCGAGGAGAUGUUCCUCCAGUUUCGCAUGAAGAUCAUCAACCUGAAGCUGGAGCGGCUCAAGGACCGCGUGGAGUUCUCGGGGAACCCCAGCAAGUACGACGUGUCGGUGACGCUGCGGAGCGUGCAGCUGGAGGACGAGGGCAUCUACAACUGCUACAUCAUGAACCCGCCCGACCGCCACCGCGGCCACGGCCGGAUCCACCUGCAGGUCCUCAUGGAAGAGCCCCCCGAGCGGGACUCCACGGUGGCGGUGAUCGUGGGCGCCUCCGUGGGCGGCUUCCUGGCGGUGGUCAUCUUGGUGCUGAUGGUGGUGAAGUGCGUGAGGAGGAGGAAAGAGCAGAAGCUGAGCACGGACGACCUGAAGACGGAGGAGGACGGCAAGGCGGACGGAGAGGGCAACGCUGACGACGGCACCAAGUAACCCGCGGCCCGGCCGCCGCCCCGCCCUCCGCCCCCGCCCCUGCACAGCGCGCCCCGUCUGCCCUCUCGGUGUGCUUCUCCUGAACCUGGCCCCCAGCGCCGACCUGGGGCCUCCCGGACCCCUCCUUUUGUGCCCCCCACCCCGCACCAAGAGUGACCCCCCUCUCUUUCAUUCGGAACCUGCCAUGGGGCGUGGGACGUGGGCCCUGGGGGAGGGGACGUGGGCUCCCGACUGCCGGUCCGGAGAGGAGGCGGGAGGCCUGCGGGAGGGUCCUGGAGGGGGGAGGCGAGCAGUGACGGAGGGGGAGGCCGGCUGUCCGGCAUGCUGUUCGUGGACUAGUCCAGGGGGCCUCGGGGGCGGCCUGCGGGUGGCAGAGGGGCUGCCCUGUGCUGCCUCGGGAAAGCCCGGGCCGCGCCGCCGCCCUGCCCCCCGGGCCGCCCCAGUCGGUGGGGCUGGGGUGCCGAGGGACCCCGUCACCGGGGUGGAGGCCAUGUUGAAGGCGGGGCCGUGCGUUUCCUGGGCACCGAAGGCGAGCGGGGCUGCGGGCAGGCGAGGAUGAGCCUCUGCCCCGAGACUCUGCUCUUGCCCCCCUGCAUCCAGAGCUGCUGCCGGGGAAGGCUUGGGGGUUUUCUGGCGGCGGCGCACCCCGUGGGGGCUUGGUGGGACCUGUGCGGAGGGUCACUGAGCUGGGCCACGGGCGGGCUGUACCGCCGCCGGCGGAGGCCGUUUCCACCGUGGUUACCCACUAACUGAAGGUCUGAAGGGACAGGGGCUCCAUGGCCAAACGGCGUCCUCUCCAGCAGGCUGACCACCCUCCCUGGGCCCAGGCUGAGCGGCCACGGGGGAGGGGGGGCUCAGGAAGGGGGGGCCACGGGGAGGGGCCGAGGUGGAGAGGGGGCUUCAUUCAGGCCUUCGCUCAAACCUUCCCAGUUAGUUAGCAGGGGUUGGGGGUGGGCUUUCCGAACAGAGCAGGGAAGGGGAUGCACUGAGGGGACCAGGGAGGGGGGUCCGGGAGCCUCUGGGAGCCUCUGGCCACUCCCACGCGUCCUGUCGAGGACCCCUCUGUGGGUCAGGCUUUCAUGAAGAGCCAACUUUCACUGCCGUUAAACUCACAUGAAGAAGGGGUUGGUUACUUAAGCCUCAAGAGAGGGGGAGACAGAAGAUGCCGAUGAGAACACUGCCUCGGAAGGCCCUCAGAGACGGACUAGGCAAGUCACUCAGUACAAGUGGGGAAACUGAGGGAGGUUCAAUCUGACAAGUGACCGAGGUCCCACCAUCUCCUCCUCUGGCCCCUCCGUCUCCAGUUUGAACCAAUAGAGCCAUAGUUUUCCCGGUGGGAAGAGACUGUGGGGGCGGGCGCAUUAGGGGGGUGAGGCCCGUGGGCUUUGCCAGGCAGCUCCAGACUAUGACUGAGGCCGGUGCAGGGGUGGAGGGUGAGGGCUGGAGCUGCGGGCAAGGCCAUGCUGCGGCCCCUCCCCCACCUUCUCCAGGACUUCCCAGCCUUUCCAGGAGCCCAGGGGCGGCCCAGGCUCAGGAAGUCAGUGCCCAGAGCAGGAAUGAGUCUGAGGAAAGGGGGUGAGGGCAGGACUGACAGUUUCGGGGGGGGACCGUUCUUUGCCUCUGCCCGUCAGACAGCCAGUUUGGGGAGAGAACACUGCGGGAGGAGGUUCGGUUUAAUUCACUUCAAUUCAGCAUCCAUUUAUUGAGCGUCUCCCACGUGCCGGGCACUGAGCUGGGGGCCUGGGAGCCACGCACAGCCACCGCCGAGUUGGGGACUACAGGUCAGCGCUGCGGGGACCAAAACUUGGUGGGUUUUGUUUGUUAGUUUUGGUGCAUCUAGUUCCACCUCUGCAGCCACCGCUUGCAGGGCUGCAGUUGGAGAAGAAGGAAGAGAGACCUGAAUCUGGGCCCUGGGAAGGGAAGGAAGGAUGGAAAGGUAACAGGGUGAUAGGCCAGGCAGGGUGGGCACAGCGUGGGGACGGACGGCCUGGGUGGCAGCUCCUGCCUGGGGCGAGUCCAGCUCAGUACCUAACUGCCAAUCAACACACUGCCACUGGGGCGGGGGGGGGGGGGGGGGGGGGGGGGGGGGGGGGGGAGGUACUAGGCCACCAGGACGCCUGGGGCAGGCCGCACAGCCCAUCCUCGGAGCCAGCCAACAAAGCGGGGAGCGGUGGGUGGUGGGUGCCUCAUGCCAGCUGAGGCCAGGUCGCAACACGCUUCUGCAGCUUGCGCAUUGCACUCUCCGGCACCCCCUCAGGUGCUCUCCUCUCCUGGGACCAGUGAAGGUCUGUGCUGAGGAUCAGAAAAGUGGGGCGGCUUUCUUUUGCCAGGGCUCCUAACAUUUAGGGGAAUUUUUGCACGAUUCCCGAGGUUUCUUCUAAGCAGUCCUAACUCCCCAUAAAGAGACCCCAGACCUCCGGGUUCCUUCCUUGCAAUGUCCUGACCUCGUGGGGCCCCGAGCGGCUGGGGGUGGGCCGGCAGCCACCUCUGCCCCAGGGCCUGCCCCCCUGCGCCCUUCCUCCUGCAGCGGCUUCCAGUCUCUUCCCGAGGCCUCCCCAGGCUGCCUCCCCCAGGGCUGUGAGGUCGGGACCUGGCUUCUGCGAGUCGGGGUGGAGAACCGGUCCCAUGCUUCCAGCGCUGCCCUUUCUCUCCCCGGCCUCCUAGUUUCUACCAGCAGCACGCUGGCCUUCUCCCUGCCGAGCCCACCUCUGGCCGUGUGUUUUUCCGUCACCGCGCUCGGCUGGGUCCAGUCUGCCGCCUCACCUGUCCUCUUGUCUUGGAGUCCCCUGUCUGUCUCUUCCUCCUAAUUAAGGGCCACGGUAAAGAGCUGGGCCGGCCAGCCCAUGGGAUUAGCUCACAAGAACAAAGUACAGAUUUUUUCAGGACUGAAAUGCCUUGCGGUGCCUUGAAACUGGCUUUGGAAACAGCUGCCCGCCCUCAGCUGUGGGCCAAUCACCGUGAUUCCCAGCUUAUAAAAAGGGAAAGCUGAGCGGGUCCAUGCUUCUCCCUGCAAGUCCCCUUGGGGAAGGAAGCUAGGCCGGGAAGUAUUUACAAGGUCAGGGUAAGCGGACGGACAGUUGAAAAUACUGGCCGAGUCCCAAAAGACAGUCCCAGGCCGUUGGAAGGCGGGGGCAGUUAGACGGAGGGGGGGCCCGGAGUUUCCCUCGCUGCUUGUCUUAAGGGUGGACAGCUUGUGUCUCUCGCUGACGUCUUCCUUUAUUGAAGCUUGCUGAUGCAUUUGUACAUAGUCUAUAUAUAGGUAUAGAUAUAUUAUAUAUACAAAUAUAAAACGCCCACUGCGUCCACCCCAACAGUUAUACUGGGUGUGGGGGGAGGGAAACAAUCAUUUCUCAAUGUUUUGAGUUGAUUCACCAAAGGCAAACUACAGAAUGUUCUUACUGCUUUUUGUGCACUUGGAGGAGAAAGCCUGACUACUUAAGCACUUUCUAGGUAAUGCACGACAGGGUGACUGGAGGGGCGGCGGGAGGAAGAUGCCCGGCCCUGGGGGCCCAGCUGCUGCCUUUCUCCUGCAGUCUGUCCCUUGCUCAGAUCUAUUGGCUACAAUAAACAGAUCAUCUCCCCCGGA